CCUGGACGCUGGGGAUACUUUUUUCUCAACCUCUGGACAGUGUUUGACUUCCUCUUAUUUCCAUUGCUCUUUGCCAUUUUCUUCACGGUGCAUUUGUUUAAACAGGUCUUGAGGAACAGGAGAGGUGUCGUUGAACAGGACAUAUUUGAUAUCGAGGAAGAGGACGUCGACAUAUAUGAGAAAUACAAGGACUACUUCACGACUCCUUAUUUCAUCUUUUUUCGCGACACGCUGAGCUAUCUUACCCUCCUUGGUCUUCACUUCGCCAUUUGCCUGUUUCCUUCAACAAUUUCCUUCAGUGGACUAGAAUGGGUUAUCUUUGUUUUCUUCCUGGGACGCAUUUUAAUGGAGGUGAAUCAGUUUAUUGCCGCUACAAAGCCAGGGGUAAAAGCAUGUACAAUAAGGAGGGGAAAUAAUGAUGGACUCAACCACAUAGAAGAAAAUGAGACUGCAGAAGAUGACAAUAUCUGGCUUAACAAGUUUAUUGGUUACUUCAGUGACCGUUGGAAUGUGCUUGACUUCAUCACUCUUGUUUUCUACCUCAUUACCUUCAUCUUACGCAUGAUCAUUUGGGGAUACUCCACGGACGUGUCAGACAACAGACUUUUGGCUGUGUCGGAGUAUUUCUAUGGCUUUAUUGCCAUGUUACUCGCACUGAGAACCUUUGGUCAAGUCGUGGAGUCCGUGCGGAGAAUCGGUCCAAUACAAAUCGCCUUAUUCCUUAUUAUCUGGGAUGUGAUUACGAUAUUUUGGCAGGUUUUGUGUAUGAUUCUGGCCUUUUCUCUGGCCAUCACCAAGAUUUAUGUUGCUGAGAAAGCCUAUACCUCUGGAAAAGAUUCCGCGGAGAAUUUGGCAUGUGGUGAAUCAGGGAUAGUUUGGUAAGGGUAAAAUUGUUGAUGUUGUUUUUUAUUCUAAUUUUUAAAGCUUUACACUGAUGUCUUAAAUAUACCAAAAUUCCAUAUUUUCUUAAAAAUUUAAUUUUUCGUUUUCAAUAAGUCGUGCUAAUUUAAAACUCAGGAUUGUAGGCGGAAAUUGUGAAGCAAGAAAGUCAGCGACCCCGCAGUACGUCAGCUAUAGGAUUCACUCGUGUUAAACAUUGAUUAACGGUCGGCUAUCUAUAUGCCUUAGGGAAAGGGAAAUUAAUUGUAAGGUCUGCCGAGAGACAACAAGUACCGGUUUAGCUUCACCAAAAUUUUUCAUUUUUCAUCAUGAAAACUCUCAGAAAGGACGCCGUUACUUUUCGAGGCAGCAGAGUUACGACACAAGGCGCAGAGCUGCGUCUAAAGUAACGAUCUUUUGCUCCCAUUCCUCUUGCAGUUUCGCGACUUAUUUAUUUGUCUUCGCUUCUCAAACUCUUUGCAAGGAGCCAGCUAUUUAGUUUACUUUGCUAAAAGAGGUACCUUGCGGUUUAUCCCGUCUUAAAAAAUCCAGUAUUUAUCGUCCCUGCUUCUGUUUCCUUGUGGUAUCCCUUACGUUUAAGUUUAUCUUAAAUAUAAUGCAUUCUAAGACAUAAAUAUGUUGACGUUUGACGUGAUAGACCUGACAAAUAUUCUCGAAAGAAAAAUGUUUUGGAUCGACGAUCGGCAGGGAGCCAAAGCUCUCUAUGAGAUGAUUAUAUCAUAAAGUCCUGUAUGGGAGUUAGGCUCCGCUAUGUAACUCCGUAAGUAAUUGAGCAAAUAACUUCUAACCUUUACUUAGUGUUGCUUAUGUUAUUUUCGUUUUCUGGUAGCGAAUUUAGGCCUUUUUGUCGACUUAAAGCUGAACUUUCAUCCCACUACUGCCUGUGCGAAGAAGGAAGGGGAGAAACGCUUCCUCAGACCAACAGAUUAUCCCACUCUCGUAAAAUUGCACGAUUCUCGGACUAAAUUACAUCUACUUACUACGAGACUGCAUCGCGAAAGUCAGAUAGUUGUCCUUCAAGUAAAUAUUCUAUAAAAGUUUUGCACUGUAUGGGGUGCUUUUGGGGGUAAUUUUGACUUGUAUCCAGGCCGACCGUGUCAUAACUGUCGACGAAUUGCACAAAAGGUUCUCGCCGCGGGUUCGAAGGGCUUUAAAGUGGCUGGUUAGUUUAAAUUCUCCCUGCAUUGAUUCCUCAACGGCAGAACCUUUAUACAAUAUUUUUCGAUAAACUUGAAAAAUGAUCGAUGAAAGAGAAGUGAUAUGAUUGCUUUCAGGAC